AUAUACAACUGAUCAGAGCCUGUUUAUUGAAUGACAUUCGCGGUUUUAACUGAUUAUAAGGUUUGAGGUUAUCAACAGCUUGGUAAAUCUGCAACAAUGUCGAGAAUCUUCACCUUCUGGUUGCUUGCCAUAUUCGUUCAGGUUUCUCAGGCCGCCACACUGAAGUUUGAAAAGGAAUCUGUUCAGAUAACGACGGAUACUCAAGGUCCUAGUUUCAUAUGUAAGAAAGGGGAGUGUAAGCUAUGUGGUAGUUCCAGAAAAACAGACACGGUUUGCAUUGUGGCAACUGAUAAGGGCGGGAAAAUACAUAUAAAGCUGACCUUGAAUGACAAGUCGUUGGUAGAAGGGGAUAUAACAGGACCUGGAACUCGGUCCAUUUGUUCUCGUAAGAAUCCCAUACCUAACGUAGAGGAAAUAUGUAUUAUCCCGAAAGAUGUGGACAUCGCAAAACUGCACUCUUGCCUCGAUGUUUCUGUUAAGAUAAACGAAACGACAUACAGCAAUUCAAUUGGCUGUUUCACCAUCCCGAAAAAGAACUUUCUAGAUCGCAUCGUCGGUGAAGAAGAUAUUCCUAUCAAAGCGAUCAGUAGUUUAUAUGGCUUUAAUGAUUCCCCUAAGGUCGUGGACGAUAACAUUGAUGGAAGCACAAUUUGUCACAAGGGAAUAUGUAGGAUUUGUGAAAAUAACCAUAUUCAAACAGUGUGUGUAAUUGCAAAGGCCCUACACAACGCGAUGGAGGUGGAGCUACUUUCGAACAGAUAUGUAAUUGUCGAGGGAAAGAUAACAAACAAUACGGAUGUCUCCUUCUGUAAGAAGUACCCUGGAGUCUCGACUUUUUGCAUUGUUGCAAGGAACAUCAAUGUGAAAGCUAUGUCAGCCUGCGUCAACCUGACAGUUGAGCUAAAAGACAAAACAGUCAACGCACGAUGGGGCUGUUUCAAAAUACCAAACAAAGUCGACGAAAUGCAAACGUAUGGCGCCCUCGACUCAGACGACAUAAAUGUGGAAACGGAUUAUAUGGACUCAGAGAACAUCGACGCACUAGCGGAUUCGUCCGGCUCCGACAAGGAGGAUGUCGAGGCUGAUACUCUCGAGUUAGACGUGUUCAGUCCGUUUGGAGCAGAGAAAAAUGUCCCUUCAACAAGACUUCAGAAAGCGAUGCUGACCUUUUUGAAAAGUCUGCAGCAGCAAACGGCACUGUAGGGAAGACGUAUUAUUAUGAACGUCAAGUUUGAUUUAUAAAAUCAAACCAAGACUCUAGACAGCUGUAUUUAUACUUUGUUGUUUUUGUUCUCCCUUUAGGCCUUUUCAAAAGUGUAGUCGUUAGCUUGCAAUCACUCUGGUUGUCAAUUAAGGUUUACUUUUAACGUCCUUUUUGAUAUUAUUCGUUCAUACCGAUACUCAAGACUGCUGUGUGUAUACUUUUGUUUUAUAUUAGGUUUCCUAUAACACCUUUUUCAACAAUGUAGUCGUCUGCUACCAAUCAUUCUGAUAGUCAAUGAGUGUUUACGAUGAAUGUCCAGUCUGACAUUGUUAAAUGCCUCUGAUAUUGGAGCUUCCCGUGUGUAUACUAUUAUUAUAUGUUGUGUUUCCUAUAAGGUAUUCUUAAAAAUGCACUUGACUAAGGGGAAAUAAUUUUGACAGCCUAUGAAUGCUUUAUUUGUUAAUCGUACUUUAAUGAAUUUCGAGUGUUCUUAUAUAUUGUAUGACCUGUAAUAUCUGUUGGAUUUUUUGAGAUCUUAUAAUGUAAAUAAUAAAAUAAACACAAUCAAACUCU